GGCGCCCUGAACGCAGCAUAAUCCAAACCCAGCCGCUGAGUAGCCAUUUUGGUCCCACCUAAAACAGACCUAGCGUCACUUUGGGCCGGAGAUGGAGGAAACUGAGCCGACGGCGAGUGUUUCAGGAACCCAGAGCAGUUUUUGAAUCUCUACAAAACUACAAAAACGUCGACGGAUAACUCUAGACACCAUGGCUCGUUGCUAGAGGGAGUUUUUUUAAGAGUUCCGGGCGGCGAUUUUUUUUUUGUAGCUCAUUGACUCGAACCUAAACGGACAGUGAUUUCAUUGCCCUGUCGAGUUUUAAAACACAGGCCACGGUAUGGUAUGUCCGUGCAAUGUAAAUAGCUAAAUAUCGAGCAGAAGGCUGUGUUGUGCUCUUUUUUGUGAGGAUUUUGUCGGUCGGAUCAGUCGAGCUGCUCAGGUGCUAACACGUCCGGUCUUGUUUGAUAAUUGUCACGGAUCAAAUGCUGAGACUCUUCUCCCGGAGGGGCUGCACGGUGCGGAGCCACGGAGCUAAGCAAUAAUCUGAUUUUUUUUUUUUUUUUUUUUGGGCUGUAUUUGGAAGUCAAGGCAGCGACUCGUCGAGGAAGGACUGAGUUAAUAAAACAUGUCAACAAAAACUCCACUACCGACGGUCAACGAGAAGGCGACGGAAAGCCACACGUCUCACAGCAAUGGACGUCAGGAGAUCAGCGCGCGCUCGGUGCGGUCCGGCGUUCGCUCACGCAGCUCCGGAGCCGACGAGCCGCAGCUGCCGCACGUUGGCAACUACCGGCUGCUCAAAACCAUCGGCAAGGGCAACUUCGCCAAGGUCAAACUGGCCCGACACAUCCUCACCGGCAGAGAGGUGGCAAUUAAGAUAAUAGACAAGACACAACUGAACCCAAACAGCCUUCAGAAGCUUUUCAGAGAAGUUAGAAUAAUGAAGAUCUUGAAUCAUCCCAAUAUAGUCAAGUUGUUUGAAGUGAUAGAGACGGAGAGGACGCUCUACCUGGUGAUGGAGUAUGCCAGUGGAGGAGAGGUCUUUGACUACCUGGUUGCACAUGGAAGAAUGAAGGAAAAAGAGGCCAGGGCUAAAUUUAGACAGAUUGUAUCGGCGGUGCAGUACUGCCACCAGAAGCACAUUGUUCACAGAGACCUCAAGGCUGAGAACCUGCUCUUGGAUGCAGACAUGAACAUCAAGAUAGCCGAUUUCGGCUUCAGCAAUGAGUUCACUCUGGGCAACAAGCUGGACACGUUCUGCGGCUCACCGCCGUACGCCGCCCCGGAGCUUUUCCAGGGGAAGAAGUACGACGGGCCAGAGGUGGACGUCUGGAGCCUGGGGGUCAUCCUGUACACGCUGGUCAGCGGCUCGCUGCCUUUCGAUGGACAGAACCUCAAGGAGCUGAGGGAGCGUGUGCUCAGAGGGAAGUAUCGCAUCCCUUUCUACAUGUCCACAGACUGCGAGAACCUCCUCAAACGCUUCCUGGUGCUCAACCCGGCCAAGCGGGGCACUCUCGAGCAAAUCAUGAAGGACCGUUGGAUCAACGCAGGAUUUGACGAAGACGAGCUCAAGCCUUUUGUCGAGCCAGAGCUGGACAUCACAGAUCAGAAGAGAAUAGAUGUGAUGGUUGGGAUGGGCUACAACCUGGAAGAGAUCCAGGAUUCUUUGGCCAAAAUGAAGUACGACGAGAUCACGGCCACCUACCUGCUGCUGGGCAGGAAGGCCUCCGAGCUGGAGCCCAGCGAGUCGGCGUCCAGCAGCAACCUGUCUCUUGCCAAGCCGCGACCCAACAGUGAGCUCAACGGCCAGUCGCCCUCGCACCUCAAAGUCCAGCGGAGCGUCUCGUCCAACCAGAAACAGAGGCGUUACAGCGAACAAGUCGGUCAGAACGCCCCAGGCGGAACGGGACACCCCAAGAGGAGUCAGACCACCACAGCGGAGAACAACGUCAAAGAGGAGGGCGGCGUCCAGCUCCGUAAGCCUGGCACCCCGGGGAGCCGCGGCGCUCCCCCCUCCAGCCCCCUGCUGGGCAGUGCCAACAACCCCAACAAAGCUGACAUCCCCGACCGCAAGAAAGGAGCCACCACCGGCCCGAGCAAUAACACUGCGUCAGCAGGCAUGACCAGGAGGAACACGUACGUCUGCAGCGACAGAAACAACACAGAUCGCCUGUCUGUCAUCCCCAACGGGAAGGAGAACAGCAGCGUCGCCGUGUCUCCCGGCGGCCAGAGGAACCCCGUGGCGUCUACUCACAGCAUCGCCAACGCCACCACACCAGACAGGCUCCGUUUCCCACGAGGCACUGCCAGCCGCAGCACCUUCCACGGCGGCCAGCUGAGGGACCGCCGCACCGCCACCUACAACGGGCCGCCCGCCUCGCCCACCCUCUCCCAUGACGCCACCCCGCUCUCCCAGACUCGCAGCCGUGGAACCAGCAACCUUUUCUCCAAACUCACCUCCAAACUCACCCGCAGAAACAUGUCAUUCAGGUUUACCAAAAGGGUCAGUAUUGACCCGUCCAAACGGCAGACAGCCAAAACAGGGCCUGCCAUCCCUUCCACCCAGGGAGGAAAGACCCUUAAUUCAGGAGCAGAAGAUAUAGAGAGUUGUAGGAAGUCACAGAAGGAGAUCUAGAGUAAGGGACUGUUUUAACUCCUCACCCCCCUCCCCUUCCCCUCCGACAAGAGUCGGAGGACUAUGUGUCAGUGAAAUGUGGAGGAAGUGAACCUCUUUCCUCUUGUGUGUGUUAACACGUUCACCCGUGAGCCCUUCCUCCCUCCACACACCCAGGAUUCGCUGUCAGUCCUGUCUCUUCCCCCUCCUGCUGUUGAUGCUUUAAAACACUGAACCCCAGACCUGCCGUGAGCUCAGAGUCACUUCCUCCUCCACCCGUCCUGUUUUCUCUACUCCAGGCUGCAGUGCAUGCUGGGAGCCUGACACACUAAACACAGCACAGUCAGAUGAGCUGCUAGCCCCGCUGAGCUUGACACUGCUCGUCUUUAAUCUGCUUCUUUUUUUUUUUUUUUUUUUUUUUUUAAUUCCCAAGAUGUUAUUUUUCUCUCCAAAAUGAGUUUGGCUAGUGAUUCAGGGACUGGAGUCUCCCACAGUGACCGGCUGCUGACCCGUCUGUCAGACAAACUUAGUUCUAUCUGCUUUUUAAUGUAAUACCUCUUAGUUUCAUAUAAUCUACCCAGCACUAUCUGUCUCUCUGCAGACACGUUACUUUUCCUUUACUUCACGGAGGAAGUUGUUUGGACAACGGUGUGUGUGCACUCGUGCUGUUAGGAAUUUGGUUGAUGUGUUGCUGUUGUAUGACUAGUUUAGGUAUGAAAAGCUCUGAUUACAUCUGCGUCACGCUCUGAAGCUACAAAUUGUUGUAUUGGUUGGGUGCUAUUUAGAUAGCAUUAAUCGCAAACAAGCAAAACACUCCAUAAAACUUGAGUUUAACAUUGAUCCCAGUGACGGAUGCAGCUGUUCUCAACGCAUUUGGGUUCAAGUUUUGUUAUACAGGUACAACAAAAUUAUGUGUCCAACUUCUUUAGAUGGUGCAUAAAGGGGAGCACAAAGCUGCUGCGUGUGGACUUGUACACCACUUUGUUUAUCCUUGUAUUAUAGGGAAAAAUUGUAGUGAACGGGGAGUCCUUGAAUGGCAGGAAUCAACCUCUCAUCGGUCUUUGUACUUGUUUGAAACUGUUAAUGAGACAAAAUUAUAUCACUAGGAAAGCAGGGAUGUGGAAAUCUGACUGAACAGUUGAGUUUCCCCAGUCACUCCGUUCUGUAGCAAAUGAAACUCAAAUAUUGCAAUAUGAAUCACUUCAGUUUCCAAACUGCAAGAGACUGUAAUUGUUCUGGCUCAAAAUAACCUCCUAAACAAGGUAUUAUGGUGCUGAGAACAGUUUCAGGCUUCCAUAACAAUUUGCACAUUAUUACAAAAAAAGAACGUCUUAAGCAGCAACAUCUCAUACAUUUCAUAAAAAUGUUUCUUGCAGAUUUUCAGUAUCAUGCGGACCUACUUGUUCAUGUUGCUCACAGAGCCCUAAAGAGUUGCCUCAGCAUUGCUCCUGGAAAACAUUUGAAUACCCAAUUUCCCCUCGGAUCAAUAAAGUAUUACUGGUUCUGAAUAGUUUUUUAAACCUUGAAUUUCAUCACGUCGCCUGUUGCUGGCAGCUUUUCAUUGACAUCAGCCUGUUGAAGUGCCCACUAGCUGGCUUGGUGGCCUGUGCCAUCACCAUGAGACACCGGGGCGGGCUGGGUGACAUGGACAGAAUAACCAUUUUGCAGAUUUUUUUCUUUUCUGUGCAUUACAGUUACACUAUCAGUAGUAAUACCUGAGGACACAUUCAGUCAAAAGAACAUGCUGACGCUUCCUGUUUGCUUCAGAGUGAAAGAUGUUCAUCUUGUCUUGUGGAGCAGGGCAGCAGCACGGCAACAAAAACAUUCCUGCUUCUUGCAGUUAAUAAAUUGCAGUGGUCGAUGUUGCAGUUUUGAUGUUUCUGUCAAUAAUUGUGUAGCCGUUGAUUGAAUCUGGAGGUUUGCGUAGGCUCUGGUAAAUCUGUCAUCACGCCGCUGUCCUGGGUCAAUACACACACACACACACGCACACACCAGGCCGUGAAAAGCUUGUCCAUCUCGCUUGGUGUUGACUGGUUCAUUUUUAUCUGCCUGCUCUGGGUUUUAGUUUGGGAUCACAUCAUCACAAUGUGAAUAUUCACCACUGAUCAUCUCUGUUGACUUUUCUUUUUUUAUGUCCUUCAUCACCACCAAUCAUAAUGGAAGGAAAUCUUCCAUUUUUCAUCCCUGUUUUAUUUUCUUUCUUUUGGUGGCGGCUCUUGUGUUGUGGCACCUCGGUAUCACUCCUCUCCCUCUUCUGUACAUCAAGUAUUGGCUUUAAUUCACUGUGAUUUAUAUCAAAUACUCCCCCUGUAGUGCACAAUCCACAUCUUUGUCUUCUUUCUCCCCUCCCUGCAACGUCUUCUCAUGCA